AAACGAAGCGAACUACGCAACGCGUUGCAGUUCAAAAAAUAAAAUAUACGGAAAUUUCAAAAGCGAACUAUACGUGCGCACGUUACGGGGCAAAUAAAAAUUUAAGAGCGCAGUUAGUGCAAAAUAAACUUUAAGCAAAAUGGUGGUCAAUUUCAAAGUGUUUAAGAAAUGUUCACCGAACAAUAUGAUCACGCUCUAUAUGAAUAGGCGUGAGUUUGUGGAUUCGGUAACGCAAGUGGAACCCAUAGAUGGCAUUGUGGUGCUGGACGAUGAGUAUGUGCGUCAGAAUCGCAAGAUAUAUGUACAGCUGGUGUGCAACUUUCGCUAUGGACGCGAGGAUGAUGAAAUGAUUGGACUGCGUUUCCAAAAGGAAUUAACGCUGGUGUCGCAGCAAGUGUAUCCGGAGCUGAAGCAGGAUAUGCAGCUGAGCAAAAUGCAGGAGCGCCUGCUAAAGAAACUGGGCGCCAAUGCAUUUCCGUUUGUGAUGCAAAUGCCCACGAGCUCGCCCGCUUCGGUGGUGCUGCAGCAAAAGGCAAGCGAUGAAUCGCAGCCAUGUGGUGUGCAGUACUUUGUGAAGAUAUUUACGGGUGACAGCGACUGCGAUCGUUCGCAUCGUCGCAGCACCAUUAACUUGGGCAUACGCAAAGUGCAGUAUGCACCCACCAAGCAGGGCAUGCAGCCCUGCACAGUGGUGCGCAAGGACUUUUUGCUGUCACCCGGUGAGCUUGAGCUGGAGGUAACACUGGACAAGCAGCUGUAUCAUCAUGGCGAAAAGAUAUCGGUUAACAUUUGUGUGCGCAACAAUUCGAAUAAAGUGGUGAAGAAAGUCAAGGCGAUGGUGCAGCAAGGCGUCGAUGUGGUGCUGUUCCAGAACGGACAGUUCCGCAAUACCAUUGCGCAUAUGGAGACCAGCGAGGGCUGCCCUCUGAAUCCGGGCAGCAGUUUGCAGAAGGUUAUCUACUUGGUGCCCACACUCGUAUCCAAUUGCGAUCGCGCCGGCAUUGCCGUUGAGGGUGAUAUCAAACGCAAAGAGACUGCACUGGCCUCCACCACGCUCAUUGCCAGUCAGGAUGCUCGCGAUGCUUUUGGCAUUAUUGUUUCGUAUGCGGUCAAGGUUAAACUAUUUUUGGGCGCCUUGGGCGGCGAGCUGUGCGCUGAGUUGCCGUUUAUACUAAUGCAUCCCAAGCCCAGCCGCAAGGCUCAAUUGGAAGCUGAAGCCUCCGUUGAAGCCUAAUUAAUGAGCAACGAUUUACCUCAACGCAAUACAAAGUGCAUAUGUUAUACUUAAAACAAAUAUUAUAGCCAAAACUAAAGCUGAUGUUGCUGUAUAUUAAAAAUUGUUCUGAACUGCAGUCGUCGUCACUUAAUUUUAUUAAUAUGUGUGUAUGUGUAUUACAAAAAAACGCGCUAUCUAUUUAUGCUAACAGCAAAUAAUAAACAAAAAAAAUUUUAGCUACUGAA